GGCUUACAGUGGGGGCUCGAGUCAGGGCCGCUGUCACGUGGGACCCAUCAGGGGCCUGGACCCCCAGACACAUCUCAAAUCGAGAAGGAUGCUCCUAGCUCUUGUGUAGCCAAAGGCUGUAAAUUCCAUCCACAUUCAGUUGACCUCUUCACACCACACAGGGCUUGGUGGUCGGACAUUUUUUGCAUGUAUGCAGAAGAGGCAGAAACUGGAAUCAGAAGGGAAGCUGGUGGAACAGAGACGGCAACAAAAUGGCCACUGAGAGAGAGGCAGCGGCUUCUUCGGGUUGCGUUCUUUAUGAGGCUGUGGUAGAUAAGGGAGUGAAAACAGAAGAGCUGGAUCCUGCAGGCCUUGUGACAUUUGAUGGUCCAAAGCGAUCCAGAAAGGCCUCUCACAACACCCAGGCUGGAAGUAUUGGAGAAUGCCUUAGCUGGGCAGCAGCAAAACAAGCAGAACGUGACCUGGAUGAUGGGUUAUUAUCCCACUGCUGGGAAUCCCAGUGGCAGGAAUUCCUGAGGACAGUGCAGUCUCCUUCUUCAGGGUGGAGCAACUCACAGCUCUCAGGGCCCCCUCUUUUGGGUCCCUCUGUUACAUCAGCUAGUGUUUACCAGGGACCCCCCACCAUGCAAGAGGUGGCUAGCGGGCUCAUGCCUGGACCAAGGGAGGGAUCUGCCAAGGACAAUUCAGACACUGAGCCUGUAGAGGAAUUGGAUGAUGGAGACGUCAAGGGAGAGGCCGUGCCGGAGGAAGCCCUCAGUGCUGAGAUGCACCGUCAGCGCUUCCGGUGGUUCUGCUACCAAGAGGCUGAUGGGCCCCGGGAGGUUUGCGCCCAGCUCCGGGAAAUCUGCCUCAAGUGGCUGCAGCCUGAGAGGAACCCCAAGGAGCAUAUGGUGGAGCUGAUUGUCCUGGAGCAGUUCCUGGCCAUCUUGCCAGAAGAGAUCCAGGGCUGGGUUGGGGAAGGCGGGCCAGAGACCUGUGCCCAGGCAGUGGCCCUGGUGGAAGAGUUCCUGCUCAGGCAGCAGGAGGCCGAGAGAUGGAAGCAAGAGGUGCUGGGAGAAUUUGAGGAGGUGGCCAUGAGCUUCUCAAGAGAAGAUGAUGAUGGAGAAAGACAUCCUUCCAGGGAGAUCAAGCAGGAGGGUGCCACUUUGCUGGCAGUCAAUGGUUGGGACAGUGAAGAUGAAGACGCUCCAUUUGAGGUUCCCUUGGAAAGAAUCGAGCCUCGAGACCCAGAAGACAAUGCUGAGAAUCAAACUGGACCAAAGUGGGAGCAGGCAAACAAGAGACAGAAUAAAUCUAGCCUUUGCCAGAAUAGCAACUCAAGCGAGACUGCAGUCCAUCAGAGAAUAUAUGCAGGAAAGAGGAGGCAUAUGUGCAAUAUUUGUGGGAAAGCCUUCACUCAAAAAUCAAAUCUCAACAGGCACCUGAGAACCCACAUUGGAGGGAAAAAGUUUCAGUGUUUUAAAUGUGGGAAAAGCUUUAAUUGGGAAACAAGCUAUAUUAGGCACCAGAGAUUUCACUCUGGCGAGAAGCCCUACCCAUGCUUAGACUGCGGGAAGAGCUUUAGUCGGAGUGCAAACCUUAUAAUUCAUCAGAGGAUUCACACGGGAGAGAAACCACAUCAGUGCACAGACUGUGGGCAAAGCUUUAGUCAGAUCUCCAAUCUUGUUAGACACCAUAGAGUCCACACGGGAGAAAAGCCUUAUAAAUGCUUGGAAUGCGAGAAGAGCUUCACUCAAAAAUCAAACCUUAUCAAACAUCAAAGUGUCCAUUCAGGUGACAAGCCUCAUAGACGUUCAAAUUGCGGGAAGAGAUUCAAUCAGAAACCAAACCGUGGUAGACUAGAGAGGAUUCCGCCUGGUGAAAACCCAUGUAAAUGCUUCAAGUGUGGGAAAGUAUUUUCCCGAAGAGGGAACCUCCUUAGACAUCAGAGCAUCCAUACAAAAGAUAAACCACAUAAAUGCUCAGAAUGUGGGAAACGCUUCAACCAGAGGACAAACCUGAAUGCUCAUCAGAGAAUACACACUGGAGAGAAACCUUAUAGAUGUCCAGAUUGUGGAAAAAGCUUCCGGUGGAGAGCACACCUCAUCAUACAUAAGAGACUGCACACUGGGGAGAAACCACACAAAUGUGCUGACUGUGGGCAGAGCUUUAGCCAGAGAUCUAACCUUGUCCGACAUCACAGAAUCCACACUGGAGAGAAGCCAUAUAAGUGCUCAGACUGUGAGAAAAGCUUUGGUCAGAAAUCAAACCUCAUUAAGCAUCAAAGGAUUCACACAGGAGAGAAUGCACUCAAUCCAAGGCCAAACCACAUUAGAUAUGAGAGAGUGUCCACAGGGGAGGAUCCUUAUAAAUGUUUCAGAUGUGGGAAAAUAUUUUCCCGGAGAGGAAACCUUCUUAGACAUCAGAGCAUCCACACCAGAGAGAAACCUCACAAAUGCUCUGAUUGUGGGAAAAGGUUUAAUCAGAGAACUAACCUGAUCAGCCAUCAGAGGAUUCACACCGGUGAGAAACCUUUCAAAUGUUUGGAUUGUGGGAAAAGCUUCCGUCAGAGCCCGCACCUUAUUAAACAUCAGAAAGUCCAUACAGAAAAGACAUACAGAAGUUUGGAUUGUGGGGAAAAUAUUAAUCAGGAAUCAAAUGGUGAUACACACGAGAGAAUCUACAUGGGAGAAACUCCAUAUGAAUGUCUGAAGUGCGGGAAAAUCUUUAACUGGCAAUCCAAUUUUAUUAGGCAUCAGAAAAUUCAUGCUAGUGAGGAGCCUCAUAAAUGCUCUGACUGUGGAAAAAAAUUCAAUCGGCGGAAAAACCUCAUUGCUCACACGAGAAUUCACACAAGAGAGAAACCCUUCAAAUGUACGGACUGUGGGCAGAGCUUCACAUGGGAAGCACACCUUGUCAUCCAUCAAAGAAUCCACACAGGAGAGAAACCUCAUAAAUGCACAGAAUGUGGGCAGAGCUUCAGUCAGAGGUCCAACCUUGUCCGACAUCAGAGAGUCCACACAGGUGAGAAGCCCUACACAUGCUCAGACUGUGGCCAGAGUUUUAGCCAAAGAACACACCUUGUUGUACAUCAGAGAACCCACACAGGGGAGAAACCACAUAAAUGCUUGGAGUGUGGGCAAGGCUUCAGUCAAAGGGCGCACCUUAUUGUGCAUCAGAGAAUUCACACAGGAGAGAAGCCACAUAGGUGCACAGACUGUGGACAAGGGUUCUGUCAAAGAUCCAACCUUAUCAGGCAUCAGAAGUCCCAUGCCUGUGAGAAGAAAUAGAGGUGUCAGUGCUGCAGGAAACCAAAGAUACUUGGCAGGAUAAAUGAGCAGGGUUUGGAUGGUGGAGAAAGCUUGGGUAGCAUCUAAGUGUUCUCUCUGCAAACAGAUCCACAGAGGAUGGAGCCCCAUCUGUGAGAUACAUAGGCUGAAUGAAACACUUCCAGGGAAAUGUCACUCCUUUUCAGUACUGCAGUGUCCUGCAAGAAGAGGAACCAAGAGGUAACCGCUGUGGCCGUGGCGCU